AUGCCGAGGCUGCAUGUGUGGUUCACAGGGGCCUUCGCCGCGUCGGGGAUUUCCUAUCUUUCUUAUUGGCAUUUGUACCUUCCCCACAUCACCGCGCAGGCCGCGUUUGAGGGAAAGGCGGAGUUCGACAAACAACACCUCCAAGGGGUUCUUCGGCGCCUCUCUCAGCUAAACGCGGCCGUCGCGCAGGCGCGGGCGCGGAAUUCCCUCAGCCCUCCGGCCCCCAACAGUCCGACCGAUUCGGCCUCGGUGUGGUGGACCAAUCGCGAAAAACUGAACUUCUUCUGCGAGCUUCAGCACUUGCGGUGUUUAUUCUUCGCCUUGCCGUAUCUCGUCAAGGGCUUUUCGCUCGUGACCCGCGCGGAGGCGAGCGCCCUACUGCGAACGCUCAACGCGCUGGAGGCCCAACACUGCGAUGGGUUGUACUUUCGCGCCGAAUCGCUUACGCUUUUUCAGCAAAUGAAGUGUCUUUUGUCCUUUUGGAUUUAUGUUAUCGGCUUUAAGUGGAUUCCGGCGCUCUACUGGCGGAAGGAUACGCCCCGUCGGCGGCGAUUUUUUCACGACAUGGCGAGGCGAAUCACCUCGAUCUUGGAGAUCGAAACCGCCAUGACGAUGGAUACGGAUGAUACUAAUGAAACGAUGCACCCAUCAGUGAAACCAAACGCGGUGGACGAAGAGGAGUUGGUGGAAAAGGGAGGGCAAAGCGUCGAGGGGGUGUUGUCAUCGACUCAAUACGUUGUGUUUAACGCGACGCAUUGGAUUGAGGAGGUGGGGUUUUGGGCCUGCCCCAAUAACCCGCUCCUUCAACAAACCCUAUCGCCAAGGAUGGAAAUCCUCUCUUCCUACUCAAACGUCGGUGGGGCUGGGGAUGCUUCUUCGCCAUCCUCGGAUUCCUUUUUUUCUGCAAUUUAUAAACGAUUAACGUUUUCUCGGCCCUGCGCGGCGGCCUUCCCCCUGACCUUUGAUAAACACUGGCGAACCCGCUGGGCGAACCGCGAGGAGGACUACGCGCGUCGGGUGGAGCACCUCUCCCACGGAUAUCCGCCUUUGGUUCCUAUUUCCGACGUUGUAUCGAAUUAUCAAGAUAAACCCUCUCACAUUUUAACGAAAAGGAAAGAAUUUUCUCAUGAUUUGAAGUCCACAGAGGACGAGCACACCGCAGAGUCUGACUGGAGGUCUCCCAAUACCUCCUUUGGCUACCCUCUUUGCUCUGACCUCACCUCGUUGUCGUCUUUUCACCAAACCACCCAGCCACCCCUUUCCCGUGCUAGGACUCCUCAUAAUAACCUGAAAAAGGACACAGAAGAUGCAAAGUACAUCGGAAAGGACGCCGGAAGUGCUUCUUCUCGAAAAGCGAAGGAUAUUUCCCCACCGCCGUGGAUUCCCAUCGCCGUCGGGGGCCUACCGCGUUUACUUUUUGUGGAUGCCUCCUUGGCGAAGCCGGACGUUCGGCAACCGACCACCCGCACGAGCGUCUACCACCACCUCAUUCAAACGCAAUUUCCGGAAUCCUCCCCAGGCGAUCCAAACCCCUUGGAAAGGUCCAAUUCGACCUCCAAAAUGCCUUCGAAUGAAAAGGUGCGAUCUGAUAGAACCCUUUGUUGUCCAAUAGGAAAAGAAAAGGCCACUCUCGAUGGGAUUCGUGGUGAUCUAGUGAGAUGGCAAGGGGAAUGGUGUGGACUGCCCUGUUUUUCAAAGGUGUGGUGGGGAAGGGUGUAUGGAGGAGGGCGGGGUUCUCGUCGACGAGGACUGCAUUACCAUGUCGGGCAUCCCAUCUCGACCGAAGAACUCCCCUCGGAGCUUAUUCGAUGUGCGAAAAGGGUAAUUGAGUCGACGUAUGCAUAA